GCAGCAGUCUUGGCCAGUGAGAGUAAUGGUUGGUGAAAAUGACAUUCGCAAGGUCAUUUUCCAAGAAAAGCCCAAUGAUGUGGAAGAACUCAUAAGUGAGUUGAAGAAACGGCUCAAUCUGCCAUACGACUUCAUUCUUCACUAUCAAGACCCAGAUUUCAACAAUGCUUUUUGCAACGUCUCGGAUGUCACUGAACUGCCUACAAGACCAACACUGAAGAUUAUCUCGCUUGAAAAUGUUAUCCUCACAUUGUGUCCAAGCAGCCCUUCAUCUUCAGCAUGUAACCUGUCUACAGCAAGUUCUUCUGACACCGACAUUCUUCCACACCCUGAGAACACUUCACGUGACCCAUGGCCUUCUACAUUUGAGGUUCCAUAUUUCUCUGUGGAUAUUGAAUAUAGACUGAGACAGGGAAACCUUAUUUACAUGAGAGAUGGAACACGCAUGUCACUGACACGAGACAUGAAACAUGACAUUUUGCAGAAGCUAGCAGAGGAGAUGUAUAAAUACACAGCUUAUCCCCAAGAUGAACAUUUCACUAUUGUUGCUGAGGCACUGAUUGGCAAACACCCAUGCCUUAAAGAGCCAGGAUCCACCAGGGCUUGCAAUGGCUGGAAGAACAGCCUAAAAUUCAAAAUGGGUAAUCUCCGGGCAAAACUUCGUCAUUGUGGAAUGGCAGAUGUGUCUGUCAACAGUAAUAAAAAAAACAAACAGAACCCAGAUGCAGAGCCAUCAGGAAAAAAUCUUAAGAGACCCAGGAGAAGUGAGACAAACUUCUUACCAAAUUUUCCACAGGGUGAGGAUGGAUUAACACUUGAAAACUCGAGACAGAUCAUGGAAAAUGAAAUGAAGAAAAGGUCCCCAAAUCUACUCUAUGUGAAUCAACUCAUGAGCCAAACGUUCUCAUUGAGACGCAAAGAAAUCGUAGAAGAGCAACCCUCUGUAAAGCAGAUGUUGGAACGCUGGCCAGCUCUUUUUAGGAAACAACAGGUUUUUGCUGAGUUCACCCGAGUAGCAAGUAGGGAUCUAGAGCAAGACUUCUUUGAGUCUUUGGACCGCCACACCCCACGUUUCCUUGAGAUCUUCAAGUCGAAGAAGGGAAUCAUUGGAACUACACUUUCAGAGAUUCUUGGCCAAGUUGAAAAAAGGGACUCGGACACCAUGGCAGACUUAAGCCAGGUUCCCGUGGGGAUAUUGACAGUUGUUCCUGAAGCAAGUCAGCAGCCAGAUCCAAACGCUCUACAUCUGGAACCAUCCAGCAUUGGCAUCAUUCUGGAGGGUACAGUUGUUAUGGAUGACAUUGAAAGCCAUGACCAAGCAGUUUGCCUUAUGUUUGGACUAAUCUACGCCCUUCAUCUUGAUUAUCCAAAACCACUCAAAAACACCUUUGACUUCAUUCAGAGAGUGCUGCUCAGUCUCGGUGUAGGGAACCUCAGGCCAAAACUUCAGAGCUUGAAAAAUGCACUUUUGCUGUAG